AUGUCAUACGCCUAUCCCUUGGCUCGUUUGCAUGAACCCUACGUAUCCAGCUACUUUGAAGACAUCUACUUUCGCUCCGAGUACGAGGGGUUAGCUGUCACGCCGGAUCGAAGGGGCCCCAAAGGCUCUACGUUUGACCUGUGGAACUACACGACGUGGCUUUGUGACAGAAAGAAUGGUAUACCGUACGACCUAACCGAGUUUGGGAUUCCAGGCUUUGUUUGGAGUGCUCAGAAUAUGGCCUCACAAAGCUAUUUCGCAAUAAUGUUAGGUAAGCCGCUGCGCCUGACAAUUAAGCGCACGAACGAUGGCAGCCACCCAGCAAAAGCGUGGAAAGGCCGGCCAGUGAUCAAGGGCUUUCUGCCUGCGGAAUGGGCUCUGCUGCGCAAUUUAGAAUACCUGGACUUGAGUGACGACAUGGGGCAGGGCCUUAUCGAGGGCCCCAUUCCCAGCACCUGGCUGAUGAUGACAAGGCUGAGGACAAUCAAUCUGACAGGUCAUCCAAAUUUUUGUAAAGACUGGCACCGGAUUGUGGCGUACUUUACCGACCAGUACGGAAUACGUCUACGAAAUAGAUUUGCCGUAGACGGCGUUUAUUACGGUCGUGAAAAGUCUUAUUAUGGACGACCGUUUUACCUCUACCUGAAUGGUAGGUGGAGGUUAUACUACCAUACAAACGUCACAUUAUUCAAUCUGGACGGCGUCGGCUGGCAGUGGUAUGACCCCAGAACAGGUGAAGGAGGAAUACCUUUGCCAGAUAAUUAUGAAGUCGGAUGGGGUGAACGGAUUCGGGUGCCCCUAUCGCAGGGGAGAGCAGGGAACUGCCUCCAAGGGAAAGGGGGCCGCUGGUGA